GGUAGCAGUGAGGGCGGAAAUCCUCCUCUCCAUGUAUUGUCCCUUCACACAGACAUGACGUCACUUCCAGUGCGACGGAGAAGGAACCAGAGGAGAGAUUUCCUAUCCUGAGAUGUUGACGUCACCUCCCCGCUUCUGGAAUGGUCCUUUAUAGAACUUCAGCACUUCAGAACCAAAAAUGUGUGAAAAAACAGGAGUGCUCCACUUCAAGCUGGAGAACCAUGGAGACUCCAUGUUGGGACGGAUGAACGCUUUAAGAGAACAGAACAAGUUCUGCGAUGUCACCGUGUACAUCGACGACGCCGAAGUCCCGGGACACAAAGUGGUGUUUGCCGCCGGCUCGCCCUACUUAAGGGACCAAUUCUUACUCAGCGAUUCCCAAGAAGUCCAUAUCUCCAUUCUGCAGAACUCUGAGGCUGGGAAGCAUCUUCUCAUGUCCUGUUACACGGGGGUCCUGGAAUUCCCCGAGAUGGACCUCGUCAACUACCUGACGGCGGCCAGCUUCCUGCAGAUGAGCCACGUGGUGGAGCGAUGCACGCAAGCCUUGUGGAAGUUCAUUAAGCCGCAGCAAGCGACUGAGGGGACCACGGAUGAAGAAGAGACCAAACCGGCACCGGAGGUUGACGAGCCGGAAGGGGACAUAGAGGAUUCCAUGAAGCCGGACUCUCCGGUGGCCUCCAUCUCAGAAGAUAGUAUAGACAAUGAUGAUAUUCAGAUCGUCAAGGUUGAGUCGAUAAGUGAGGUCCCACCAAAUGAUAAGGCCAAGGUCAGUCAAAGCCAGUUUAUGACUUCCGACCAGACUGCCCUCCACUCCUUGGAGCCCCAACACUCCCUCAUCAACUCCACCGUAGAAAACCGGGCCGGAGACACGGACACCAACCCCGCCCACAACUACGCCGUGUCCGAUAACAGCAGCGAUAACAUGGGGCCCUCCCCUAAAGAACUUUUCGGGCCCAGCAGUAGGAUUUUGGACAAGACCCUCCAAUGGCACCACCAGUGCCCCAAAUGCACCCGAGUGUUUCGGCACUUGGAGAACUACGCCAACCACCUAAAAAUGCACAAACUGUUCAUGUGCCUGCUGUGCGGGAAAACCUUCACCCAGAAGGGCAACCUGCACCGGCACAUGCGGGUCCACGCCGGAAUCAAACCCUUCCAGUGCAAAAUCUGCGGCAAAACCUUUUCCCAGAAAUGUUCUCUGCAGGACCACCUCAACCUUCACAGCGGGGACAAGCCGCACAAGUGCAACUACUGCGACAUGGUCUUCGCCCACAAACCCGUGCUGAGGAAGCACCUCAAACAGCUGCACGGCAAAAACAGUUUCGACAACGCCCACGAGAGGGGCGCGCAGGACAUCGGCCUGGACUAUGAGGCUUUCGCCGGCGCCCAUGACGGCAGCGAACUGAUUUCACAGAGUCUGCACCAAUGAGAAGGAAGGGCGUUUUUGAUACAUUGUAACGCUGACCUUUUGGUGAAAUAUUUUUGUUAUAAAUCAGCACAAGGGACGGUACUUACCAUGUAUAAAUAUGGUCCCAUGUGCUGGUGGCUGGUGAGCUCAUUUAAAUCUUCAUUCCUCUGCCCCCCGAAUACCCCACUGCUGUGAUCUUCGGGGGCAGAAGGGGAAGCUGCCCUGGGCACAGUAUGCUUAUGUGUUGGGGGCCACAAGGCAGGAGACCAUAGAUACAUUCAACCAACCCUCACCCAGAUACCCCUGCAACUGUGAUCUUCCAGUACUGAAGGCAAGGCUGGGACUGUAGGGGGGCAAUAGGGGAAGAUGCCCUGGGCACAGUCUUUUUAUGUGUUGGGGGAAGGGGGUGCCACGAGGCAGGAGCCCAUAGAUGCAUUCAAUUGAGUUGAAAGUCUACCCUCAUCCCAGAUACCCCUGCAGCUAGUAUCUUCUGGUGCUGCACCCGGGCUGGCACUAUUGGGGGGGGGGGGCGGGGGACAGGAGCGGAAGCUGCCCCGGGCACAGUGUCCUUAUGUGUUGUGUGUUGGGGGUGACACGAGGCAGGAGCCCAUAGAUACAUUCAACCAAGAUGAAGGUCCACCCUCACCCCAGAUAGCCCUGCAGCUGUGAUCUUCCAGUACUGCAGGCAAGGCUGGGACUGUAGGGGGGGGGGGGCAAGAGGGAAAGAUGCCCUGGGCACAGUCUUUUUAUGUGUUGGGGAAGGGGGUUGCCACGGGCAGGAGCCGAAAGAUACAUUCAAUUGAGUUGAAAGUCCACCCUGCCCCUGGAUACCCCUGCAGCUAUGAUCUUCCGGUGUUGCAGGCAGGGCUGGGACUAUGUGGGGGCAGGAGGGACAGCUGCCCUAGGCACAGUAUCAUUACAUGUUGUGGAAGGGUGGGUGGUGCCACAAGGCAGGAGCCCAUAGAUACCUUCAACCAAGCUGAAAGUCCAAACUCACUGCAGAUGCCCCUACAGCUGUGUUUUUUUGGUGCUGUGGGCAAGGCCAAGACUAGGGGAGAGGGGCAUGAGGAGAAAAUUCCUUGGGCACAGUGUUGCAGGCAGGGCUGAGACUGG